CCUUAAAAUAUUGAAAAAGGGGAAGCAGCACAACGACUACAGGCUAAAGCUGAGUCGUCAAGUCUCAUCAUUCAAACUAGCCAUUGGCUAAGAACGCAAUGAACUCCGCCGCGACCAUCCUAACCCCUGAACCCAACCACCGCCACCUUAAACCCUCUUUAUCUCCUUCGUCCUCUUCAUCUGCCGCCAAACUUCCCAUCAAACGCAAAUCCCCUUCCGAUUCUCUCAUUCCUACGCUUGAUCCCGAUGCAAUUCCAAUCUCCACCGUCAACUUCACCCCCCGUAAACCACCGCCCUCCAAAUUCCACCGCAUCUGGACCGAACCCGACGAGAUCCGACUCCUCCAAUGCCUCCUCGACUCCUCCUCUGAUCUCACCACUUUUUACAACCGAUUCGCUAACACGACGUUGUUCCCUUUCUCAAGACCCCAACUCUCUCAAAAACUCCGCAGAUUACGGAGGAAAUUCCGCCUCUUCUCUUCCCGCCUCUCUCACGGCCUAAACCCCUCCCAAUUAUCCCCUCACGAUCGCACGCUUUUCGAUCUCUCGAAAAAUCUAUGGAGCCCUCAUGUAAACUGCAGCGUAAAAUCUGACUCUAAAUUUAACACGAAAUCUGAGUCUGUUAAUGUUGAGUAUGCUGAGCGGAUCAAUUUAGUUGGUGUUAGGGUUAACUUUUCGCCAACUAUACCCGAUUUAAAUAACGGUUUUGGGCCGUUAGAUUUGGAUGAAAUGGAUGAUGUUGAUGCGGAGAAGAAGAGUGGCUCGGAGUGUGUUGUGUUGGAGAAGAAUGUGGUGGUUAGAAGUGUGUUAAAUGUGUUUGAUGAGUGUCUCAAAGAGGCUAGAAUGGCCGUUGAGAAAGAGAGAUUGCGGCAUAAUUCGGAAUUGGAGUUUGAAAAGAAGUGGAAAGAGCAGGAGGCUGCUGAGAUGGAUGUUUUCGCCAAGAGGUUGAGGUUGGUUCUUGAGCAUUCUGUUAAUAGGCCGUCGGUUUCUUGAUCUUUAAAAGUUCUAACUGAAUCUGAAUGAACCAAGCCAAGUUAAAGAAUAGUGGAGAAUCAUAUCCAAAUACAGGCAAAGCAUCCCCUUAAUCGGCCUCAGAUGAACUAAGCACCAAGACAUGUUUAAAAUCAGUUGAAUUAAGCAAGGUAGAGCCUUAACUGGUGGGGAACUGGCCCUGAUUGUGAGGGCCAGGUCAGGGCCAGUUCAAAUAUGGGAGUUAGCAUUUCGGACAGAAGCUUAACUGGCCCGGUUUAGGAUUUUUGGGCGUCUUGCUAGGUUUAAAGUGGAUUAAAAAUAACUAUAUAUGCAAAAUAACAGUUUGCUUUUUACUUUGCGUUUCUGCCUCAGAUAAUGACCAAUAUCAUGAAUCUGAUUUUAUAAAUAACUAAACAGUGUUCCUCAAAUAGUGGUAAGAUUUGUUGAAGUUUUUUCUUUC